GUUUCCUAGCAACCGCCAACCACCUCCUUUUUUUGGUCCCGCCCCCUUGCUCGGUCCAGUUCCCGGUGUCCGAGAAUCGCCGAGGCCAGGCCCAGGGAAGAGGUUUUUCCUGAGUCCAGCCGCUCUCACUUCAGGCACCAUCAGUGAUUGAAUUGUUCCUAUCAUUUAUUAGCGAUUUUACAAAGGUAACAAGUAAAGAAAAAAUCCCAAACAUUAUGUCUGGUGAAGUUUUUAGCACAACUUUGGCAUACACAAAGAGUCCAAAAGUCACCAAAAGAACCACUUUCCAGGAUGAACUAAUAAAAGCAAUUACAGCUCGCUCGGCCAGACAAAGGAGUUCUGAAUACUCAGACGACUUUGACAGCGAUGAGAUUGUUUCCUUAGGUGAUUUUUCUGACACCUCCGUGGAUGAAAAUCCAGUUAAGAAAACAAUAAAUGAUUUCCACAUAUCAGAUGAUGAACAGAAGAAUUCUCCAAAACUGUCUUUUUUGAAAACCAAGAAGUCCAACUGUGAUAUGAUACAAGAUGAGCCCUCGCUGUCCAUCAAAAACGAUGAGGAGACAGCACCUAACGGUAGUGAACACGGGCUUGGAAAUCCAGUGUCCGAACCUCAAAAUGAAGACCAGCCAAUUGAAGAAGAGAAAAUCCAAAUCAAACCUAAACCCAGAAUUCUUUCCAUCAAAAACACAUCUUCAGACACCAGCAGCAGCCAGGAAGCAGAAAAACACUUCACACCUUUACCUCGGCCAAGGACCAUGUUGAAAAAACACAGCCUCAGGGAGGAAAAAGAAGGGAGAGGAGAAGAGAAAGAAACUGCCCUCCAUGAAGAAUUAGAGGUGCAUGCUGUGCCUUUGUCCCUCCCGGGGCCAAGUGACAGACAACCAGAAGAUGAGAAAAAAGCGAUCUCUGAAAACCUUGAUGCUGAGCAGGAUCCAUGGUUAACAAGUUUAUCAUCAUCGUCCCUCAAAGAAAGUCUUGGAGAUUCCUUUUCACCAGGAUCUGAGGAAAAAACAUCUAUAAAAGAUCAGAAUGAAGAAUUCACUGAAAACCACCGAUCCCUGGCAUCAGCUGAAAAUGAAGAGAAUUCAUUUCUGAUAGACUUUGUUACCACUGCACUUGAGAAAUCCACAGAAGGGGAAGUGACUGCUGGUGACCUUGAAGAAGAAAAGGAGAAAGCUGGACUGAUUAUGAAUGAUGACUUAACAAUUGAUGAUCUACAACUAUCUGAACGUAACUUAAGGUCUACCAGUGCAACUGAGUCUGCAAAGAAAACAAUUGAAGAUAUAAAUAUGAAGAAUAAAAAGUCAACAAGUAACCGAGCAUCCAGUGCCUCAGGCAGAUUAAUGACCUCUGAGUAUUUAAAGAAUUCUACUUCUAUAAGGAGGACUCCAUCAAAAACUACCUCUUCUCAGUACUUAGGCACUUUGAAAAUUUUGGACCAAAGGCCCUCACAGAAACAGAACAUGGAACCCGACAGAGCUGAUAACAUACGGGCAGCUGUGUAUCAGGAGUGGUUAGAAAAGAAAAAUGCAUCUAUACAUGAAAAGCACAGAAUUAAAAGGAUUGAAAGUGAAAACUUAAGGAUCCAAAAUGAACAGAAAAGAGCUGCUAAGAGAGAAGAAGCCUUAGCAUCAUUUGAGGCCUGGAAGGCUAUGAAAGAAAAGGAAGCUAAGAAAAUAGCUGCGAAAAAAAGGCUUGAGGAAAAAAACAAGAAGAAAACUGAAGAAGAAAAUGCCGCAAGAAAAGAAGAAGCACAACAAGCUUUUGAAAGAUGGAAGGAAAAAAAGAUGGAAUAUCUUAAAGAGAAAAAUAAAAAGGAGAAAGAAUAUGAGAGAGCAAAGAAGCAGAAGGAGGAGGAAAGUGUUGCUGAGAAAAGGAAAGACAACCUAACUGCGGUGGAAAAAUGGAGUGAAAAAAAAGAAGCUUUUUUCAAAGAGAAGAGAAAAGAGAAAAUAAGUGAGAAAAGAAAAGAAGAACUGAAAAGAACUGAGAAAAAAGAUAAAGAUAGACAAGCCAUUGAUGAAUAUGAAAAAUGGCUGGAAAAGAAAGAAAGGCAGGAAAGAAUUGAACGGAAAGGAAAGAAACGCCACUCCUUUCUUGAAAACGAGGCACUUCCUCCAUGGAACCCUCCAAGCAGAACUGUGUUCUCAAAAGUGUUUUGAUAGUUCUACUUCCUACGUUAGUUAGCUCCUGAUUCAAGAGUGUUAGCCAUAUGUUUAAAACUAUUUAUUCAGUUAUUUAUAGUUAGAAGAGCAUACUUUAAUUAAAUGCCAGUCAUUUCUGCUGAUCAUGAAAAAGAUGCUUUGGCACUUAAUCAGUGAAAGCACUGAAAGCAGAUCCUGAACUGCAGAUCAGCUGCCGGAAGUGAAGGCUAAUCGUCGGACUGCUCUUACCUUGAAAACAGAUAACCCUUUACCAAGCCCCGGUGAUUCUUACAGUCAGGUGAUCAGUGGUCACUUUCACUGUGCUCUCUGUGUUAUUUAAGUGUGUUUAUUCCCAAUAAUUAUUAAAAAACAUCUAGGUACAAUAAUUAUAGAAAAAAAUGAAUGUAUAUAUGAUUGUGCAUCUAGAUUCAAGCCUUUAAAUGAACAGUUGCUGGGGACUGGCAUGUAGUAUUCUAAAAUUGAUCUUUAGCUAAAAGCAGUUGGAUUUGCACUGUGCAAGCUAGCAUUUUGGUCAAAUGAGGCAGUAGUUCAGUAAGACACUAAUCAUUGAGACGUUUUGUUUAAUAAUUCUGCCUUAUGUUUAAUACGAAUGACCCUUAUCUGUUCUAGACUUACAUGACAAUCAUAGGCACUUUAUAAUGAGCAGACCUCUGAAAUUUGUCUUUUUAAAUUCAAUCUUUUUUAUUUCAGUGAUACCAAAAAAUAUCCAUUCCAUGGUAGUGAUAUACUUAUGCAUUAGUUAGGGAAGUUCCACAAAGUUCAAGGUCAUUAUCACUAUUAUUAUUUUCUAGACUAAAGCCAUAAAUGUGAUAAAGGCAAUUUUUGCCCUCUUAACUAAUCCAGAGUCUUAUAGUUUUUAUUUGGAAGACAGCUGUAUGGAAAGGAGUUUGUGGAAAAUGUCUACACAAUUUUAUUUAUUUAGAUCUCUGCAUAUGCUUGUGGUAAUUGAACUCAUACUUGAACUGGUCGGCUAGUUUAUCACAGACCAAGUGAAUGCUCUCAGAGUUAAAAUGCUACAUUGGCCAAUGUGCGAUGCAAUGAGGGAUGAUAAUAAGCAGUUACUAUUUAUUAAGCACCUGUUGUAUCCUCUCUGCUGGGUUUUUACUAACGUUAUUUCUCAUCUUUAUAUCUACUAUUCAGGGUAGAUAUUAUUAGCCUCAUUUUGCAGAUAAAAAUACUGAGACUCAGAGACAUCGAAUAACUUGCCACACAUGUAGCAUGUGCCUGCGUUAGGAUUAGAUAGAACUGGUUAAGUCCUCCUCCCUCCAGAAUCCACAUGCUUGUUUCAUGCUCUCAUGUGGCCUCCGACAAUUGUGAAGACCUCUGUUCCGUAUCAAUCUCACACACACAUUUUACCUCUCAGAUCCUACAACCAUGCAUUAUUAUCCACAGAUUACCUUUUCCUUAAGAAAUAGCUGUUUGUUAGUAGAGGUGGUGGAUCUCAUUAGAGCGGUGAAAUGGAAAGGGAAUUCAUAAUAUUUAAGGAGUUAGUCAAAUGCCUUGUAUCCAGGGUUAGAAUGUUAGACAAACCUAGUGGUCAGGUACUGUAGGCUUCGAUGGAGUCACUCAGGAGCUUCACAAUCUGAGAGUCACCCUUGCUGCAGUGCAGGUUCAAGAUGGGGAAGAUGUCAUGGGUCCCUUUGUAGGGUUGCAUCAGUGCUAUAGAUAAAGGACAUUUUAUAAACACAACUAGAAGCUUUUCUAUGCUGCCUGAACUAAGAGAAUAAUUCAUGAAAUCGACGUUAUUGCCAGCAACAAGUAUUAUCAGCAUGGGAUGUAGUGCCUCUCUCAUUCAUCCAUGGGUCCCCCGUAUAGUCCCAAACACAGUGCCGACCAGAAUAGAUUGUUAAGUGCUUAUUGGAUUGAAUUAGCUGUUUGUAGCUAAAAUGAUACUUGUGAAUUCCAGGGAAGUAAAAGGAAAAAUAGGAAAAAAGGCUGUAAGAUCAUAAAUGUGCGUUACAGAUUUCACAUUAAAAUAUUUACUUAAACUUCCUGAUCAUUCUACAUUAUCAUAGUUAGUGGGUUACUGUUAUCACCUGUUAUUUCUCAGAACUAAAAUGAAAUUAAUGUAAAGCAUAUGGCACACAGUGAGUUAAUAAAUGUUCAUUAUUCUUAUUUAUUAUCAUGAGCCUACCAUUUCCCCGCUGCGUGUAGGUUACACAGAUGGGGUUGUUAGUGGUGGACCUCACACUUUUUCAGCAGACAGUCAAGAAGAAAUCUGCCUGGCACUCAAAAGAGAAUAUGGAGGUGACCUGUAUUAGAGACAUCCUAAAAAGAAAUCUAAAUACUAAUUUCUUAGCAUUGGUAGGAUGAAAAGGAAAACUAAGAUGUUUGCAAACAUCAAACAAUUCAUUUCCUUCCAAAGGGGAUUUUUGUCUUACUUUGAUUAAAAAAAUGUACAUAUAUUAUUUUCUGUUUACAUCAACUGGUGCUGAUUCAGUUAUCUAGUUGAAUGAAAACUACUCCUGCAGCAGAAAUAAAGCUGACUUUUGGGAGCUGGGUGAAAGUCCAGUACUAUCUUUGCCACUUGAGAUCCCAAGGGGAGAAUCAAGCCUGGUAAUAAUCUCUUUAAUACAUUGUCUAAGGAAUAUGGUUUCCCUGUAUUUCCUUUAAAAAUAUCAGUGUACGUCAGCGAUUUUCAACCAGUGUUCCACAAGAAUUUUAAAACACAUUAAUACCUGACUAUUUAUUCAAAGGAAAUGACCUCUUUUUCCAUAAAUUGUCAAAUAAAAAUGGCAACAACCAACACAAUAGCCACGAAGUGAGAAUGAAUCAAAAUUAUACCAUUUUUUUGUUAUCAGCAAAAAUAUUUAUAUUUUUUGAUGUGCCACAGAAUUUUAGUAAGUACGUGUAACAUGAGAUGAAAAAGGUUGAAAAUCACCAAUGUAGAUAUUUGCUCAUUAAGUUUUUAUUAAUUUAUAAUAUAAAGGAAUUUUAAUUUGAAUUAAGAACAUACAUAAACUUCUAGUUUUAUAAAUUGUAGUAUCAUUUGAAGAAUGCUGAUAAUUCAAAGAAAAUAGAAAAUUUAAUGAAUAUGUGAAAAUAUUUCUCUAGGAAUUUAAAUAUAAUACUAAAAGUAAUUAUGCAGAACUUAAGUUUCAUAAUAACCAAGAAAAUAGUAAUGUUACAUAAAUAAACAAACAAUAUAGCAUUUUUGAUCAGAAGGUUAAAGUUUCCUAAAUGAAAGAAAAUAACCAUUCAGAGAUAACAGUAUUUCAUUGGUCUGUAAUGUGUCACAUUUUGAAAAUGUUAGUAGUGCACUUGUUGGUUUAAAUAGUAUUGAAACUGAUGUUUUUUCACUGGUGCCAAAGCAGUACCUGAUAAUAAUUAGGUAUCUACAGUUAUAUAAACCUUAAAGUAAUAUAACUAUUCAUCCAAAAGGGACUUUAAUAACUUAAUAAACCUGGCCAAACUCUGUUUUUCUAAAUUGAAGAAACUGAUGCCCAAGACUUUGACUUGCCCAAGCUCAUAUAAAAAGUCUAAGAAAUCUGGAGUUAGAACUCAGGUACCAAGUUUCCUACUUGUCCUCUGCCCACCAUCCCACAAUUCUGAUAAUCUGCCGAACCUUUACACGUACACUUGUCUGUGUAACUGUGCUCAUGGGUGGAUUUUUAUCCUCUCAGAUGUUUCCUUAUUUUCCCAUUGCCUCUCCCAUAACUAUCAGCAGAUCAAACCUGUUUAGGCACCUACCCUACCACUUACAAUAUGAGGAAAUUUUAAAGUUUUAUAAGUCCUGACUCUUGGGCUAAGAUACAACAGAGAAAAGGAAUUUCACAAAAUGGGAAAAAAUGGGAAAAAAUGCAUGUUAGUCAAAAUUUCUAAGAGUAAACUAGUACAGGAUACAUAUUCCUGAUUUAAUCUUGGCUGAUUUCUGUAGUGCUAUAUUAAAACACACUUAAACCUAUAAGCUCCCAUUCUGCUAAAAGCAAAAAUGUCAAUUGUUCUGCCUCCUAAGUACAUUGGCUGACAGAAUAGUAAAUGCUAUGUAAAUGCUCAACUGGAGACCUGGAUUCUGUUCAUUUAAAAUUUUAUGUAAUUUGAUUAUUUUGAAGCAUAUAUUUUACAAGUAAUUGUAUGAUGUUAACUUGGGUGAACUGAAAUUUUGGUGUUGAAUGUGGGGUGUCUAAGAGUUACUUGAAGAGAUGUGUUUAAUGUCUGCUUUCUCCUAGCAUAUUUUCAUGUGGUGCUUAAUUAAAGUACAGCAUUCAAGAUUUA